AUGGAGCGGAACAUCGAUAUUUAUGCCACCAAGUUGGGUGACGAACGGCUGGAUGUGAAGGUGCGAGCGAAUGUCGCAACCGAGCUACGGGAUAGCAUCGAACCGCUUUGUUCUGGCGCAAACUAUCCUGUAUUCCUUGCCAAGCUAUGGCCUAUAUUCAAAACUAUUCUUGCUGGAGAGCCAGUCUUCUUCAGCAUGUCAUAUGAGCAGAAACUCCGCAAUUGCAUUCUUGAAACCCUUCACCGAUUACCGACAGCCUCUCCAGAUGUUGAACCUUACGCUGCCGACAUGGUCGACUUACUGAUGGACCUCGCCCGAAUUGAGAAUGAAGACAAUGCAGUACUCUGUAUGAAGACGAUCAUGGAUUUGGAACGUAACCAAGCAAAAGCGACCGCAGCACGGGUACAGCCUUUCUUGGAGCUCAUUCAAGAGAUGUUCCAAACGAUGGAGCAAGUCGUUCGAGAAACAUUCGACACUCCUAAUCAAGCAACCCCGUCUGGAAUGCCUUCGACGCCUAACGCAAGUGCUCAAAACUUUCAGUCUCCACGACCUAGCUCCCCUGCAACAUCUGUUUCAGACCUGGGCCCCGAGCAGCAGUCAAGUAAUAUCAUCUUAAAAGGCAUGCAGUCCUUCAAGGUUUUGGCUGAAUGCCCGAUCAUUGUCGUCUCCAUCUUCCAGACACACCGUAACUUUGUUGCUGCCAACGUUAAGCUUUUCGUUCCGUUGAUCAAGACUAUUUUGCUCUUGCAAGCAAAACCGCAAGAGAAAGCACACACCGAUGCCGCUGCUCAAGGCACGAUUUUUACCGGCGUCUGCAAGGAGAUCAAAAAUCGCGCCGCCUUUGGAGAGUUUAUCACUGCUCAAGUGAAGACAAUGAGCUUUUUGGCAUAUCUACUUCGUCUUUAUGCCCACCAACUCCAAGACUUCCUUCCAACUCUACCGUCCGUUGUUGUGCGACUGCUUCAGGAUUGUCCACGCGAGAAGUCUGGUGCUCGGAAAGAGCUUUUAGUCGCCAUUCGACACAUCAUAAACUUCAACUAUCGCAAAAUAUUCCUCGAAAAGAUCGAUGAGCUUCUGGACGAGAGAACUCUCAUUGGCGAUGGUCUUACUGUUUAUGAGACAAUGAGACCAUUGGCAUAUAGUAUGCUCGCAGAUCUCAUUCACCAUGUUCGCGACCACCUCAGUCGAGAUCAGAUCCGUCGAACCGUUGAAGUCUACACGAAGAAUCUCCACGAUGAUUUCCCAGGCACAAGCUUCCAGACUAUGAGUGCUAAGUUGUUGCUCAACAUGGCGGAAAAGAUUUCCAAGCUAGAAGAUAAACGAGAGGCUCGUUAUUUCCUAAUCAUGAUCUUGGAUGCCAUCGGUGAUAAGUUUGCUUCGAUGAACCAUCAAUUUAGCAACGCUGUCAAGGUGUCCAAGGCGUACAAGGAAACUCGCAAGGAUGAUGAUACAACCCCAGAGAAUUACCUUGCUGAAAAGGAUCAACCACCCGACUGGGAUGACAUUGAUAUUUUUUCUGCAUCUCCAAUCAAAACUUCCAGCCCUCGCGAUCGCGGAGGAGACCCCGUUUCGGAUAAUCUUUUUCUUUUCAGAAACCUCAUCAAUGGAUUGAAAAAUAUCUUCCAUCAGUUGAAGAAUUGCAACCCAGAUGAUAUCCAAAUUGACCCUAACAGUGUUCCCAUCAAUUGGUCUGAAGUUUCCUACGGGUACAACGCCGAAGAGGUCGGAGUUAUCAAAAAGCUCUUCCACGAAGGUGCCAGAGUCUUCCGCUACUACGGCGUAGAUCAGUCACCCCCCGAAAUGAACUAUUCCUCACCAUUCGACUUCCUUGCCAGUCAAUACACAGCACCCAUGGGUCGCGAAGAGAAGGAGCUUCUGGAGAGCUUUGGCACUGUCUUCCACUGCAUCGACACUGCCACCUUUCACGAGGUGUUCCAUUCCGAGAUCCCAUAUCUGCAUGAGCUCAUGUUUGAGCACGGUGCUCUGCUUCACCUUCCGCAAUUCUUCUUGGCCAGCGAAGCGACCUCACCUGCAUUUUCUGGCAUGGUGCUGCAGUAUCUGAUGGAGCGUAUUGACGAAGUUGGUACAUCCGAUAUGACCAAGGCUAAGAUUCUCCUCAGAAUGUUCAAGCUGUCCUUCAUGGCAGUGACACUAUUCUCCGUUCAGAACGAGCAGGUUCUUCAUCCUCACGUAACAAAGAUUGUGACAAAGUGCAUUGAGCUAUCAGUUACAGCCGAGGAGCCAAUGAAUUACUUCCUUCUUCUGCGCUCUCUUUUCCGCAGCAUUGGAGGUGGUCGUUUUGAGCUCUUAUAUAAGGAAAUUCUUCCUCUCUUGGAAAUGCUACUUGAAACUUUCAACAAUCUGUUGAUGGCUGCUCGAAAGCCUCAAGAGCGGGAUCUUUACGUGGAGCUUACCCUUACGGUCCCUGCACGACUGAGCCAUCUUCUUCCCCAUUUGAGCUACCUGAUGCGCCCCAUAGUGGUGGCCUUACGCGCGGACUCUGAUCUUGUUGGCCAAGGUUUACGCACAUUAGAGCUGUGCGUGGAUAACCUAACAGCCGACUAUCUCGACCCAAUCAUGGCUCCUAUCAUGGAUGAAUUAAUGACGGCACUCUGGGAUCAUCUGCGCCCCCAUCCAUACAAUCAUUUCCAUGCUCACACAACAAUGCGAAUUCUUGGAAAACUGGGUGGACGUAACCGCAAGUUCUUGAAUCAUCCACCGGAGCUGUCUUUCCAGCAAUACUCUGACGAUCACCCGAGCUUUGACAUUCGGCUCAUUGGCCCGGGCGAGAAGCGGCCUUUCCCCGUCGAUAUCGGCAUUGAUUUGGCCAUCGGCAAGCUUAUGGAGGCCCCUAAGACGGAUGCUGGCAAGGCGUCCGAUCUAUACUACAAGCAGCAGGCUUUCCGUAUGCUCAGCUCGCACCUCAAGCUGCAGAUUGGAUUCGAAAGCCUUCCAGAUGAUCUCGGUUCCCUAAUCCGACUCCAUGCAAACGAUCUAUUCGAGAGCAAAGCCGGUGCUAUGGUUGAUAUACUCGAGAAGUCUGAGAGAUCGGCGUCUAUCCCAAAGAAGAUGGAGCAGGACGCCAUGGUAAAGAAGCUCCUCAAAGCCUGUAUUUUUGCCAUCACCAUCCCCGACCUUGAGCCCGCAGCCACUGCCUUCGUGGCUGAUGUUUGCCAACACUUCACCGUCAUCGAGGUUGGCCGCGCUCUUUCUCAAGCUCGUCAUAACCGUAAGCCUUUCGAGGUCUCAAAUGGAGAAGGCCCUGUGUACCUGGACUCACGAACUCUGGCCGAAGCCAUCGUGGAGACGCUCUCUUCAGACAAUGUCCACGUUCGGGAGGCUGCUGAGAGAGCCAUGCAAGUCGUGAAGGAAGCAGCUGGUGUCAUUUUUGGUGCUCCUGAGAAGGCAUCGAAGCUUCCAUUCUUCCAACAUCUUGGCCGUGUGUUCUGCCAUAGUUGCUAUAGCGAUGAAUGGUUCACCAAAGCUGGUGGAAGUCUAGGUAUCCAGCUACUUGCUACCAAACUUGACCUCGGAGAAUCUUGGCUUUACGAGCGCCAUGUCGAUUUCUCGCGGGCUCUCAUGUACGUCAUCAAGGACACGCCUUCUGAUCUUCCUGCGGCCACCCGUGUUCAAUCUCAGGAAACAAUGACGUUGAUCCUUCAGCGAUGUGGAAAGAUCAUUCCCAAAGAUGAUCUGAAGAACGAGAAGAGCCGUCUGUUUGCUUUGUGCGGCUUCUUUGUGAACGAACUAGGUCAUAUGAACAAGCAUGUUCGAGAGACCUCUCGUCGUUGCUUCGCCACACUGAAGGAAGAAUUGGGCUGCGAAGUGCACGAGUUGAUCUUCCCGGUGAAGGACCGCCUUCUCCAGCCGAUCUUCAACAAGCCACUUCGCGCACUUCCUUUUGCAACCCAAAUCGGCUUCAUUGAUGCCAUAACUUACUGCUUGGGUCUGCACAACGAUAUUGUUACCUUCAAUGAUCCAUUGAACCGCUUGAUGUUGGAGUCUCUCGCCCUUGCUGAUGCGGAUGACGAAUCACUGGCUUCUAAGCCAAAUGAAUUCAGGAAUGCGGAUAUGAUUGUGAAUCUGCGUGUUGCUUGUCUGCGACUUCUUUCCAUGGCAAUGAACUUCCAAGAGUUUGCCAACACUCCACAGAACACUAGUCGAGCUCGGAUCAUUUCCGUGUUCUUCAAAUCUCUUUACUCCCGUUCGCCCGAAGUGAUUGAGGCUGCCAAUGCGGGUCUGAAGGACGUUCUCACACAAACCAACAAAUUGCCGAAAGACCUGCUACAAAAUGGCUUGCGUCCCAUUCUGAUGAAUCUGCAAGACCCCAAGCGUCUAAGCGUGGCUGGCCUUGAUGGACUAGCUCGUCUCUUGACCCUUCUCACCAAUUACUUCAAGGUCGAAAUAGGUGCUCGUCUCCUAGACCACAUGAAAGUCAUUGCUGAUGAUGCCAUGCUACAAAAGGUAUCCUUCAGUCUUGUUGAACAGAAUCCUGCUAUGAAGAUUGUGGCUGCAAUUUUCAACAUCUUCCAUCUUCUUCCCCCAGCUGCGACCUCCUUCAUGGAACAUCUUGUCAACAAAGUCCUGGAUCUUGAACUCAAGUUGCGAAGAACCUCACACAGCCCUUUCCGUAAGCCUUUGGUAAAAUACCUCAAUCGCUAUCCAAAGGAAAGCUUGGCGUUCUUCUUUGCAAGAUUCAAGGAUGAGCGUUUUGGCCGCUUCUUUGGGCAGAUUCUGUCCGACCCCGAGAGUGAAGCAUUGCGUAAUGCUGUGGUCUCUGACAGUGAAACCUUCCUGUCAUUUGCAUUCGGACAGGACACGACAGAUGGCAAAAAUACGGCUGCCAUCAAUGGAAUUUAUGUUGCGCAUGCCCUCAGCGUUUACCCUUCAACGAAGAAGUGGUUAGUUUCCCACGCAGAUUCAAGGAUGAAGCUUCUGACUUCUGGCCGAGAGUUGGAGCGAAAACUACGCGGGGAUAGUCUUCCUCCGGAUGAGCGUCUCAGGGUUGAGCAGGCCGAGGACCAGUUGAUGGACAUUUUCACCACCUACUUAGCCGAGGCCGCGCAUGACCUGGACUUCUUGUUCGAAGUCAUUGACGGACUAUCUGCCGAUGAACUGAAGCGUACAUUGGCUCUCCCUAAAUUCAUCUAUCGGCAUAUCAUAACCAAUGAGUCGAUUGAUUACCGACGCUCUGUUAUUAUGCGUUGUCUCGACCUUUACGGCCAGCGGGCUUGCUCACAGAAGACCAAGACUUACGCAUUCCGCAACCUGGUCAACCCAAUUCUUGCAAUGGAUGUUCAAACUACGUGGGGUAACCCACCCAACACUCCUAAACUGAUGGAUAAGAGCAUGACCGAAUCCAUUCAGAGCCGUGUGUGGAAGCCUCAAUUGGCGGAUCUGAGCGAGGAGUCUAACCAAGCUGGGGUUGAUCACUCACGCAUGGAGCUGCUUCAGCUGUCCGCUUUGUUGAUCAAGUAUCAUCAUUCGACUGUGCAGGACUCUCGCAAGGAUAUUAUCAAGUUUGCUUGGAACUACAUUCGUCUUGAGGAUAUAAUCAACAAGUACGGUGCCUACGUUCUCAUUAGUUACUUCAUCGCACAUUAUGAGACACCCUUCAAAAUUGUGAUCCAGGUUUAUGUUGCCUUGUUGAGAGCCCAUCAGAACGAGGGUCGGGCCUUGGUCACUCAGGCACUCGAUGUCUUGGCUCCCGUGCUUCCCACUCGAACUGCAGGAAACCAGGGACCAGAAGCACGCUAUCCCCUGUGGGCCAAAUGGCCCCGUCGCAUCUUGGCGGAGGAGACCGCCAAUUUGCAGCAGGUCAUGAGCAUCUUCCAGUUCUUGGUGCGGCAACCCAAUCUUUUCUACGAGUCACGGGAGCAUUUCGUGCCUCUUAUUGUUCCUUCUCUUGUGAAGAUUGCCGGUCCACCUAACACAUCAAACGACAGCAAGAAGCUGGCGCUGAAGCUCAUUGGCUUGGUAUGGCACUGGGAGGAGAAGCGAGCGCAGGCUGUAGAUGCGAACAGCACUGGACUUCUAGAGUCUCCAAACUCGAAGAAACGCAAGCUGGAAGAACCGCAGGACAUGGCGUCGCCCGCAUUAGGACCUCCACCCAGCCGCGGUGGAUCCAGUGAUUACACUGUCCCUGCCGAACUUCGUGCUGCUUUAAUCAAGUACCUCAUCUCGUUCAUAACUACCAUCCCUGAACGGUUCUUGGUUCCAGCUGCCGAAAUUCGCCAACUGCCCUCUGCCAAGCAGGCCCCCGCCGUGCCGACUGGUGACAUGGUCAACAAGGCAGUCAAUCUCCUCAGAAACCUUCUUUCGCCAGAAUACUGGGGAGACAUUGAUAUCGAUCUUUACCAGAAAGUAACGGAACCCAUUUUGGCAGGCGAGAAGGCGGAUAAACCAGAUGAGAAGCAUGUCACGGCUAUGGUGAACACACUUCAGGUUUUGCGUGUGCUGAUCGCAGCGAAGUCCAACGAAUGGAUUGCAGCUCGUCUCCCAGCCAUCCGGAAGCUUCUCGAGAAGCCACUGAAAUCCGAUAACCCGGAGAUCCAGGAUUGUCUUCAUGGCCUAGAAGAUGAGAUGGAUAUCUCUCCAAAGCUGCCACCUCCAGUUCGCCGUGUCCUGGAGGCUAUACCAGAUGAUGCACCAGACGACGAGGACGCAAUGGAUACUGACAGCGCUGGAUCUGAAUUUGCUACUUAUCUGUCUGCCAUUGCGACUGAAACACUUUCUGCUAGCAAUUACGUGUCAAGUCUGAACACGCUGUGGACACUUUCAAAGCACAAGCCUGCUGAGAUUGACGCGCACAUUCCUGCUGUCAUGAAGGCAUUCUCACAAAAGCUUGCCAAAGACCAUGUUGCGGCCUCAACUCCACAAACUGGUGCACAGCCGCAGAACGGCACCGCGAAGCCUGCGGAAGGUGUCCCAGACCAGCAAGAGUCUGAGAUCGGUGUCGACCUCAUUUUCAAGACGAUUGAGCUGAUAUCUGUCCGCAUGUCUCAUCUUGGAGACCAACGACGUCCAUUCUUGAGCGUGUUGGCCUCAAUAGUUGAACGCUCGCAGAAUAUCAAAUUAUGCAGCAAGGUUUUGGGCAUGGCAGAGUCAUGGAUUUUCCACUCCACUGAAUCGUGGCCGACCCUGAAGGAGAAAACAGCAGUCUUGCAUAAGAUGUUGCUGUUUGAGGCACGGCCGGAUCAGACCAUGUUGAAGAAGUUCCUUGAUCUUGUGAUCCGGAUAUACGAGGAUGCAAAGAUCACGCGUACUGAAUUGACCGUCAGGUUGGAACAUGCUUUCUUGAUUGGAACAAGGGCACAAGAUGUUGAAAUGCGUAACCGAUUCAUGAACAUUUUCGACCGCAGUUUAACUCGCUUGGCAGCCUCACGAUUGAGUUAUGUGCUCACUUGUCAAAACUGGGAUACUCUUGCGGACUCUUUCUGGCUGGCCCAGGCCUCGCAUUUGGUUCUUGGUUGUGUGGAUAUGAACGCUACUGCCCGCCUGCACCAAGACGACUUCAAAUUGUACCCAAUGUCCUUCCUUUUCGCUGCGGGCGAAAAAGAUCCAAGAAAGUUGGAUAUUAUGGUAGACAACCAGUUGGAAAACUUUGUUGCUGAACGCAAGCGUUUCAUGUCAGAGGUUGGUGAUGUGAAGGUCCGUGAUUUGAUCGAGCCUCUAUGUCAGCUUCAGCACACCGAUCCGAACGUUUCUUACAAACUCUGGACCACACUCUUCCCCAUCUAUUGGUCGACAUUGUCUAAGGACGAUCGGAUUGACCUAGAGAAGGGAAUGGUCACAUUGCUCACUCGAGAGUACCACCAGAGGCAAUUGGACAAACGCCCCAACGUCAUCCAAGCUCUGCUGGAAGGUGUUGUGCGUGCCCGUCCCCGGUUCAAGGUUCCUCCCCAUGUCAUGAAAUACCUCAGCCGUACCUACGAUGCCUGGUAUACUGCAGCUACCUACUUGGAGGAAAGUGCCAUUAACCCCAUCAUUGAUACCCCUACUGUUCGCGAGAGCAAUCUCGAUGCUCUUGUUGAAGUCUAUGCUGGCCUCCAGGAGGAUGAUUUCUUCUAUGGUACAUGGCGACGCCGUUGCAAGUUUGUUGAAACCAAUGCAGCCCUUUCUUAUGAGCAGCAGGGCAUGUGGGAUAAAUCUCAACAGCUCUACGAGAACGCGCAAAUCAAAGCUCGCUCUGGAGCUAUGCCGUUUUCCCAAGGUGAAUAUUUCGUAUGGGAAGAUCAUUGGUUGAUUUGCGCCCAGAAGCUCCAGCAGUGGGAAAUUCUUAGUGAUUUUGCCAAGCACGAGAACUUGAAUGACCUUCUGCUUGAGGCCGCCUGGAGAAAUAUUGAAAACUGGCAGAGCGAGGGUAAUCGCGAACAACUAGAAUCUCUCAUCAAGUCUGUUUCUGAUGCUCCCACUCCGCGACGCACUUUCUUCCAGGCUUUCAUGGCUCUCCUUCAAUACCAUACCAAAAAAGAGAACAUGCAAGACUUCAACAGUGUGUGUGACGAAUCUAUCCAACUAUCUAUUCGCAAGUGGCUGCAAUUGCCUAAGCGCAUUACCAAUGCCCACAUUCCCAUUUUGCAACACUUCCAGUUGCUUGUUGAGUUACACGAUGCUAGUCACAUCUGUGGCAGCUUGGCUCAGACCAAUGAGCGAAACCUGGAUACCAAGUCCGCGGAGCUGAAGCUUCUCUUGGGUACCUGGCGGGACCGGUUGCCCAAUUUGUGGGACGACAUCAAUACCUGGCAAGAUCUUGUUACCUGGCGCCAGCACAUCUUCCAACUUAUCAAUGGAACCUACCUCAGCCUUCUCCCUCCCCAGACGAACAAUGUCGCCAGCAACUCCUACGCUUACCGUGGAUACCACGAGACCGCCUGGAUCAUCAAUCGCUUUGCCCACGUCGCCCGCAAGCAUCAAAUGCCUGAAGUCUGCAUCAAUCAGCUGAGCCGAAUCUACACCCUGCCAAACAUCGAAAUUCAAGAGGCGUUCCUCAAGCUGCGUGAGCAGGCCAAGUGUCAUUACCAGAACCCAAAGGAACUCAACAGUGGAUUGGAUGUUAUCAACAACACCAAUCUCAACUACUUCGGUCCUCAGCAGAAGGCUGAAUUCUAUACUCUGAAGGGCAUGUUCCUCGCGAAACUUGAUCAUGUUAACGAGGCCAACGAAGCAUUCGGUGUUGCUCUCUAUUAUGACCUGCGUCUCGCAAAGGCUUGGUCUGAGUGGGGACAGUACAGCGACCAGCGUUUCAAGGCAGACCCCACAGACUACGAGCUGGCUAGUAAUGCGGUCAGCUGCUAUCUGGAGGCAGCUGGUCUUUACAAGAAUGCGAAAUCGCGCAAGCUGCUCAGCCGCAUCUUGUGGCUCCUGAGCUUGGAUAAUGAUGAAGGACAGAUUGCAAGUGCUUUUGAGAACUUCAAGGGAGACACGCCAGUCUGGUACUGGAUUACGUUUAUUCCUCAGCUGCUUACAAGCUUGUCUCAUCGCGAAGCACGCCUUUGCAAGGCUGUUCUUGUGAAGAUUGCCAAGUUAUACCCGCAAGCUCUUUUCUUCUUACUUCGCACCAACAGAGAAGACAUGUUGAGCAUCAAGAAGCAGCAUGACCAGAAGCAGGAGAAGCUCAAUCGUAACAAGCCACAGCAACAGCAGUCAUCAUCACCGAGUCAAAAGCCUGCUACAAAUGGCGACGCAUCCCCUGCGCAGAAGCCCCCAACAAGUGUGCCAGCCGCCAGUGCUUCUCCAGCCAACCAGGCCGUAAACCUUGCAGCAGCUCAAUCACCUGCUCAAAACCAGUCUGCCCAGCAGUCACCGGCUCAACCUCCAAGCCAGUUGCAAGCGUCUCCGCUUCAAAACUCUACUCCUGGGCAACCGCAGGCUCUUCAGCAGCCGCAAGGACCGCAAGGGCACUUGCAAGUUCCAGGCCAGAAUGGAAUUCCGCAGCAAGGUGCACCUGGCGCCGAGCUCGAGAAGGAGCCCCUCAAGAAGCCUUGGGAAUACUCGGAUGAAAUCAUGUCUGGCCUCAAGACAGCGUUCCCCUUGCUUGCUCUGUCUAUGGAGACGAUGGUCGACCAGAUCCACAAGAACUUCAAGUGCCCCCCAGACGAGGACGCUUACCGCCUGAUUGUUGCUCUCCUCAAUGAUGGACUGGCCUACGUUGGACGCAUGCCUGUGUCAUACGCGCAGGACUUCAAACUGCCCACCGCGACAGAAGCCAACAUCACUAGGUUUGCAGAGACGAUUCUUCCUGCGCAUAUCCGUAAGUCGUUUGAGGCGGACUUUGUCGUCAAGAAGCCUACCAUGCACGAGUACAUUCACAAGCUGCGUCGCUGGCGUGACAAGUUCGAAGAGAAGCUGGACCGCCGCGCUCAGGGCGGAAACCUUGAGAAUUACUCCCCACAUCUUAGCGAGUUCCGUUUCCUCAAGUUUGACGAAGUUGAAGUUCCUGGACAGUACCUGCAACACAAAGACAAGAACCAGGACUUCGUCCGCAUCGAUCGAUUCCUUCCCGAUGUGGAUCUUGUCCGCGGUAUUGGUGUCUGCCAUCGCCGCCUCAAGAUUCGUGGACACGAUGGUAGCGUCCAUAAUUUCGCUGUCCAGCACCCCGCAGCACGUCACUGCCGUCGCGAGGAGCGCAUCCUUCAGCUGUUCCGAAUUUUCAAUGGAUUGUUGGCCAAGCGCAAGGAAAGCCGACGCCGUAACCUCUAUUUCCACCUGCCCCUUAUGGUUCCCCUGGCGCCGCAUAUCCGCCUGGUUUUGGAUGACACCUCGUAUAUUUCCAUGCAGGGUAUCUAUGAGGAUUACUGCCGACGUGUUGGCAUUAACAAGGAUGAGCCAGUGCUUUUCACGAUGGACCGAAUGCGGUCCGUGCACGAGACAAAGCAGAAUCGCACACCCGAUCAAGUUCAGGUUGUUCGUACCGAGAUCUUGACUGCCAUUCAGGACAAGUGGGUGCCCAGUACCGUGGUCUUGGAGUACUUCCAGCACAGUUACCCCAACUUCGCAGACUUCUGGUUGUUCCGACGCCAGUUCGCCUAUCAGUACGCUGCGGUUGCUUUCAUGACCUAUGUCAUGCAUAUCGGCAACCGUUACCCUAACAAGAUCUUGGUUUCGCGCUCGUCGGGCGAUAUCUGGGGUGCAGAAUUGAUUCCUACCAUCAACCCUGCCAAGGCAAUUUUCUACAACCCAGAGCAGGUACCAUUCCGCUUCACGCCCAACAUUCAAACUUUGUUAGGCCCCAUCGCCACGGAAGGUGUGUUUGCUUGUGCAAUGAUGGCAAUUUCGCGCUGCUUGACGGAGCCACGCCACGAGUUGGAGCAACAGCUCAGUAUUUUCGUGCGCGAUGAGAUGAUGUUCUGGGCUACUGCUCAGCACCGGGGCAGUCUCCCUGUGCCCCAGCUCCGCGAGCUGGUUAAUAACAACAGUGAGAUCAUUGUCAACCGUGCUGUCAGCCUUGCCAGCCCGCCUGAGGGUAAUCUGCCUGCCAACCAAACUACGAUCGAUUUGAUCUCCAAGGCAGUCAACCCCCAGCAUCUGGCAUCUUGCGAUGCGUUGUGGAUGCCAUACCUCUAA